CUCAUUAAAUUCAAUAUUUUCAUGUAAAUUCAUUAUUUUUCCAAAUUUGAAGAGAAACAAUUUUAAAAUGGCUCAAAAUUUGCUUACCGUGUCUGCCUUCGUUGCGAAAAACCUUCGUUUGUUGCAGCCCCAACAACUCUACUGUCAACAAGUGAUUAAGUACACCGAGAGGGUCCGGGAGGUGGGCAAGGCAAGGGAAAGUGUGCACUUCUUAAAAACGCAACGGGAACAACUGAAGGACCUGCGUGGUAAAAUACUUAAGGAGAGGGACCUUAUAAAAGAGAGAAUUGAAGAGUUGGAUAAGCAAAUUGAUAGCAUCAAAAAGAAAAACAAUGACCGCGAAAAGAAGACGACCGGCUGAAUGGCUGACUUGUCAAAUCGUAGGAGCCAUUGCUUUAAUAUUUUCCUAUAUGCUAAUUAUGGAAGGCUUCUUCGGGCAAACAAAGAGAGCUGCGCUGUGCUUGUUGAGACCCUUAAGAUCUGUUCAUCAACAGACCUUCAAGCAUUACAGCCGUAAAACGUAUAAGCAGAUGGGCAGAAGAGAUAACUAUUUGAACUCCUUGAAACUACUACAUGUGCACACGAGUUUUAAAAGGAAUAGAAAACUUAACGAGCGCAAAUUGGUUGACUUAAAAAUAGUAGAGUUGGAAAAAAAAAUUAACUACGUCCUAGCAAAGUUGAACAGUGAAACAAUUGAAAAUGAUGGAGAAUAGACUGCACGAGGAAGCCAACCAUAUGGACGAUAAAUUCAAUUCAAAUAUGACUCUCUACGAAGAUUCUUAAAUUAAAUAACCGUUGUAAUUUUUAUCCAAAUAUAUGGUGCACUAUUCUAAUAAUAUUAAA